AUGUGGUUCACCGUGGCGUUGCUACUGGCGUGUGCCAUCCGGGGCGGCCUGACCGCAACGUGCGACUUUCCCCAGUCGCUGUGUUUCGACUCGGAACCUGCAUUAUCAAAUCUCGACUUGCUCAAAGCAGCCAUCAAAGGGUUGGGCACGACACCGGCCAACUUCAUCAAGCCAGACGAUUUGAACGCGCUGAUAAGUCAAAUCACGAGCAAGGUGAAGGAAACGACCGGGCUUGCACCGGGCAGCUACAAAACAUGUUCCGAUUUGCCUGCCGGUUCACCGUCCGGGCUGUACCAGCUCCGGGGCGAGUUCCGCGAUCCGCUGGAUGCGUACUGUGACAUGGACUACGACGGGGGCGGCUGGCUAGUGUUUCAACGACGCUUCAACGGGCAGACCAACUUUUUCCUCUCGUGGACCGAUUAUCAGACGGGUUUCGGCGAUGUUGAGAGUGGCGAGUUUUGGUGGGGUCUCAACAAUUUGUACCGUGCGACCAACCUCAUGCCGCACGAGCUUGCCAUCAUAAUGGAGGACUUUGAAGGUCGGAGGGUUGUGGCGCGAUACAGUGCGUUUCAGAUCGGCGACGAAGCGGAGCUGUACCGCUUGAAUGUGCUCGGUACGUUCAGUGGCACCACGGGAGAUUCGCUGCGACGACAGCUCAACAUGCCGUUCACUACGAAGGACAAGGAUAAUGACAUAUUCCAACUGAACUGUGCCCAGCAGAAUACUGGUGCGUGGUGGUACUCUGAUUGCCAUGACAGCAAUCUGAAUGGACAGUACCUAAACGGAUCUACCGUGCUCUACGGGAAAGGUAUGACGUGGAAAACCUUCAGAGAACAGGGCUACUCGCUUAAAAUCUCCAUCAUGUUGAUCCGUCGGAUACCGUAG